ACAGAAACCAGGGCAUGGCUACAGGCUCGGGCGCUGGAGGCCGUGGCUCCCCACCCUGUGGCCCCAAGCCCUGUGGCCGCGACCUCUGCCCAAAAUCGUCGAUGCGAGAUCCAAAUAAGUCACAGCAGAAUCGGCAGCAACCGACAGACUCCAGCCAAUUCGCACGCCUCGGAGAUCCAUACGGAGAUGGCAAAGGUUACGGCAAAGGUUAUGGCAAAGGCUACGGCAAAGACCAGGAUGAUGACGACGGCGAAGGCUACGGUCAGGGAAAUGAUCAAGGAUACGGUCAAGGGUACGGCCAGGGCCAGGGCCAGGGCCAAGGCGAAGGACAAGGUCAAGGUCGAGGCAAAGGAGAACCUAAGGGAUUUGGUGGAUUCAACGAAGGCACCGGCUCUCUGUGCCUUGCUAUUUUGCUCUUUUGCUGUGGAGUUUACUUGACCAAGAAGAUGGCGACGGUGGCCAGUGAGCUCGGCUAAUUUUCCCAAUUGCAUUUGGAGCGAGAGCGAGUUUUGUUUUGUUUAUUGAGAGUCAUGUCCUUUAUACACUCACCCAAUAACACAGACACCACACUACACAGAAGCACGCGCUGAAUACACACUUACAUAUGUAUGUAUUGCCCCAUAAUAGGCUUUUUAGUUAACGUUCGGAAGCAAUGCGAAAAUUUUAAUUAAAAAUUGCGAAAGUUGAA